AUGUUAUCGAGUUGCCAAUUUCCAUUAGCUGGUAAUUUCCACGAGCAGAAGAAGGGACAACGGAGAAAAGAGACGAAGUCAAAAGAAUCAGUAUCGCAUGCAUAUGAUUCAAUGCUCUCGAUGUUAGAUGAUUUUGCUGCAAAUGGGAGUGUGGCCAUCGAGGUUAGGUCAUCAAUGGAGGGAUUAGGAUUGGGAUCGCCUAGUCAUGGAUAUGAAGUGGGGGAUAUGGUUUGGGGAAAAGUGAAGUCCCACCCUUGGUGGCCUGGUCAUGUAUUCAAUGAAGAGUUUGCAACCACUUUUGUGCGAAGAUCAAAGAGGGAAGCUGUGGAAGAGGCAAUGGAUGAGGUGAGUAGAAGGAAUGCACUUGGUUUGUCUUGUAUGUGUAGAAGUAAGCAAAAUUUCAGGAAGACAGAUGUUAAAGGGUAUUAUGUUGCUGAUGUAGCUGAUUAUGAGCCUGGAGCUGGUAUUGACUAUCGGACUCAAUUCCAACUUGGAAAUGGUGGUUUGCUUGGUGCUAGUUAUAUUCAGUGUCGGCUUAGAGGCAAGAUUGACUCAAAUGGCUGCAUAUCUGCUUUUCUUGAAGAAAGGUUGAGCAUGGGUCUUAAUUUUAUCAUCUCUGCUGAGGUCACAAGAAUUAUCGGAGCAGGGGUUCAUUAG